AUGAAGGAAUUCGUUCAUGCUUGGUACUCGAAAAUUACAUCGGACCACACUUUCACAGACGAGGUCAUCCAGGUGAUUGCUCACUGCACCCGUGCUCUCGAACAGCGACUGCGACAUGUUGACGUACAAGGACUUGUGUUGGACGAGAUCCCUUCCUUGAUCGAAGCACAUAUCACUGCAUAUCGUAUGGCAUACCAAAGCGCUACGACCUCUAAAUCUAAAUCCCAGCUUCGAACGGCUUAUCACGCGCUGAACCCACACCCCGCCCUCUCUCAUGUGCCGGAGGAAUUGGUUUCCGCAUUUCCCCUAGAACAGCAGAACGAGGAGUCGAUUUAUCGCCAAAUGUUAGCGCAAGGGCUCUUAGCCAUCCUUCUCCCUACGGAGGAGCUGGAAAAUAUAUGUCUUCGGACUUUGGUGGCUGAUAUCCUAGCAGACCUUCUACUCGGCGAAAUCGUUGGGGAAAGGGUCGCUGAAGGGUGGUGUAUAUGGGAGAUUAUUACAAAGCUUGCUGAAGAGCUGAGGCCGGGUACGGACGAAAAUGUAAAAGUGGAGCAGACGAGAAAGAGUCAACUGGAGAAUUUUGGUCUCUUGUCUUCUCCAACGGAAGCCGACGGUCUCAAAACCACUGAAAACCAAUCAUCUCUAUCAAUUCUCCUAUGGGCGCUUUUGCAGUAUGCAUACCUAGCAUACGCGAUGGUUCGAUUUGUUACCCUCGAGGUGGCUCAGGUAGCAUCUUCUUCGUCAUUGAUGCCCGUGCGAGGGUCCUGUGUCAAAUGGCAGCUUCGAAAACCCCUGCCACUGAAACCCCCGCCCUUGUCCGAUGAUAGCGCCGUGCGACUUCCUAUUCUCAAGUAUAGGAUUUUUGGGAUGGCAUCUCAACUCGUCGAGGUCCCACGGCGCAUGCCGUGGCUUGGGGGAUCUUUGGCGCUCGCUCAACACGUGCUGUUGAAUGGCCCGGGAAGGAUUGGAGAGACGGACGGCUUUAUUGAUAGGUGA